GCUGCCUUUCAUCUUUGUAGGUUUGCCUAUUCGUUACUUCAGUGCCUAAGAGUGUUACACAAAGAGAAAAUUAUCCACUGUGAUUUAAAACCGGUAAUUUGUUUCAUAUGCUUAUUCUUGAUGCCACUGUUGUCAUUGUCUAUUGUUGCAUUUGUUAUUUAUUUCCACUCUAAGUUCAAGAAGAUGUCCUUUUUAAUAAAAAUUCCACAGAGCGGUUUUCAUUACUAGGCUGUAGAGCGUAAUUUUUACUAAAAACAAAACUGUGAUGCAGUUUAGUGCGCAUGGCUGUUGCGACGUCCUUUUGUUGUGACUUGUGAUUGGUGCAUUUGAUUGCCUUUGUCUUUUCUGAUUGGCUGGUAGUUCCUAGCGCAAAAACGAGAACGUUUUAAAAGGGAGUUUUAUUUUUUUAACUUAUUCUGUGACUCUUUAUCGCUCUAAUCGUUUCUUUUUUGUUUCAGGAAAAUAUUUUAUUACGACAAAAAGGACAGAGCGCAAUAAAAGUUAUAGAUUUCGGUUCAAGUUGCUAUGAGCAUCAAAAAGGUAACACUUAAAUUUCCACAAAAAUUCACUUUUGAGAAGAACCGCCGCCCUUCCGAGUAUCCAAUCGUCAAAUUGUAGACAAAAGGAAUUAAACUGAAUUUGCUUCUUAAGCUUUCAUAUCUGAAUUCGAAUUUCGCACUAACCCUGGGUUAUCUUAACCCAGCUUUGGACAACCCGGCCCCGUUCUAUUUACGUGUUCCGGCUUUCUCAAUUUUCGUGACCCGACUCUUUCGGAGCCUGAACAAGCUAGGGGAAGUGGUGAAAACAAAGCAGGUGAUUUUAUGAGGGUCUUCUUUGACUGUAGUUGGGGAGGCUGCUACACAAGACACCACCCAUCUUAUGAACCUAGCCCCGGUUGUCCAAACGUUGGGUAGCGCUAUCCAUCAAAUAAAUCUCUAUCCAGCGGAUAGCGUAAUUGAUUUCCGUAAUACUUAUCCGCUGGAUAGUGAUUUAUCCAGUGGAUAGCGCUAUCCAACGUUUGAACAACCGGGGCCAGGAUGGACGCAAGUUUAUCCUAAAAAUUCGAGAUAGACUUAGAUCUUCCUUUUGCAUGAAGCUUGCAUUUUCAGGCAACUGCACAAAUACUUUAAAUCUCAUACCUUUCUAGUACAGAUAGAUAGGGGGCUAUUUCAAGGAGACGACACCUUUUAAGAUGGGGAAAGAGGGUAGGAAAAGACUCACUAAACUUUCCGUGGAGCAGUGGGUCCUGUCUGUGUUUGAUUGUUUUGACAACUUCCCAAAUAUAUUUUCACUUUUUCAUCCGUCUUUUAUCUCCACAGUCUAUACGUACAUACAAAGCCGUUUCUACCGUUCGCCCGAAGUUAUUCUCGGUAAGUUUGAGGUUCUACGUUUAGUUCACUGAUCUUUCAACCGAAAACCUAGAUUCACAAGAAAGUUCCAACCGACCCUGGGCGCCAAAUAUUUACUUCCUACCGGCCCCCUUUAAUCAAAAACCCCCGAAGAUGUAGUCUGCUACACAGCCGUUUUUAGUGUCGUCACGCAACGCUCCUCCCCACCAGUGGGGAGGAGCGUUGCGUGACGACACGACGACGAAAACUUGGUCCCUUUGUUGCUCAUUCUAAAGUUGAACGAAAGACCGUCAUUUUUUAUUCUUUAUUAAUAUAUUUUUCCUAGGUAUUCCUUAUAGCAUGGCUAUUGAUAUGUGGAGUUUAGGAUGUAUCCUUGCCGAACUUUACACCGGAUAUCCACUAUUUCCUGGUGAAAACGAAGUGGAACAGUUAGCAUGUAUUAUGGAGGUGCGUGAGACUACUUUUUUAUGAUUUAACUUUUUUUAAUAUUACUUUUCUUAUCUACUCUAAGAUCUGGCUUCACUUCGCUGCUCUUUGACUAGGUGGCCUUUGCAUUAGUCUGUGUUUAAAUGAUUUUUCCCUUUAUCGUUUUAGACUGCUUGCAGUCCGCCUUUUCUCGUAAGAUCUGUCCAGUUCUUGUCCCAGUCAGCGCGACUGCAACUAACGACGCCACAAUAAGAGAUUAGGACGAGACGAGGAAAGGCGGGCAUAUAUUUCCUUGUCGGGCUUACGCCCUCGUUUAUCGCGACUCGCGUGCUUGGGUGACUCGUGUAGUAGCUUAGCAACGAAAAAUAAUAGACUGCUCGCAGUCUAUCAGCCUUUGUCUUUUAGAGGUUUUGUUUUUAGUCGACCCCUCAAUUUUAAAAGUUUCCAGAAAGUCGAUUCUUGACUAAUAACUGUAAUCUGAUAGGCAGGUUUUACUAUUCGCUGUCCGCCUGUGUGAAAAAUUGUGAUUUGCUGAUGUAAAGAAGUAAACUUAGACUAUCCGGACUGGAUACGAACGUUGGCGAUUACUUUACAAAGAUUGACGAACGCCCUCGAAGACUCGCUCGUUCUCGGGGCGGGGGGGGCGGGGAGGGGGUUACUUUUACAGCAUUAAGAUCAUGUGAUUUGUCUUCUAAAUACUGGAGUUUGUGUAAUAAUUAUUUAUCUGCAAACGUUCAUAUUACAAAUUGCAGAUCUUAGGAAAGCCACCAUCUAGUGUUCUCGAGCCUGCUGGAAGAAAGCGGCUAUUUUUUGGUGAGAAUUUACUUGUAAAGUUAUUUUUUUCAGCCCCUCUUUUUAGGCGCUAGCCAGGGUAGCUAGUGUUCCUACUCCUGCUCCUGCUCCUGCGUAUUCCUCCUUGUUGAUUUUAGCCAAAAAGCUUCGUUGUUAGGGUAACGCAAGUUACAGCGAGAUGUUUAUUUCUCAUUUUGAGGUCAUUGACAGUAAGAGUGGGUCGGUGGUUUUUCAGACGACUCUAUGGGACGCUUUGGGGGACACUAUCGCUUUUUCAUUUGCUCCGCCGCUAGAUGAAAAUCACCCAGACGGAAGUCGGGCUCCUCCUCCUCCUUCAAUAGGGAACUUAAGAUGGAGACGUUUUCGGGGCGACGGCGACCGGACUGGCAGAGAAAGCCUGGAACUGAGGCAGCCGUCGCUUCCCGUCAAAAAUCGAACAUUAAGAUCGCAGUGAACUCAGAAGGACGGCGCCCUUAAUUAGAAGAAUACCGCAGAGGAAAAUAUGGCUUCACAUAAAGAAUUACGAGAAUAAAUAUUUGCUAUGCAGACAACAUGUAUCAGAUGAAGAGUUUCUCGUUUUGUGGGAAAAUUAUGAGUCCAAAAAUCCCGAUUUCCUCGGGACAGUUACGAUCCGUUCACGCUAAGAAACAUGCGGGAUGCAGCUGAGUGCAAGGCAGAAUUUCGUGUUGAUAAAAAAAGAUCUCCACAGGCUUGCCGAAGCCUUGCAAAUUUCAGGAACAUUAAAAUGCUACCAAGGAACCGUAUUCUUAGUUUGGUAUUGAAAUAAUUCCCGGGAAAUACUUGCAUGCAACAACAAAACAACGGCAACAACUUUAUUUCAGUAUUCCCACGUUAUUUAGUACAUGGUAUUACCUACUAUUCUAUAUAAUUUUCAAUGCGUUUCAUUUAUACGAUAUUCUAACGAAAAGAGCGAACUAACACACAAUUAACAUAUCGGAGUUCAUAUUUUUUGUCUGGAUACUUUUAUUUGGCUCGUAGGACAAUUUUGUCCAUGUCAAGCUCACUUACGGUUGGCUGUUUGCCAAGUUGGAUCUUGACCCUGUGACAUGAAAACACAGAAAGAUUCAAAGAUGUAAGUUUAGAUAACAUGGCUUGGUAAUCGAGCUUGAAAUGUGCCUCAAAGAAAACAAGGACAAUUUAAGAACGAUAAUCUGCAAAAUUUUGGUUGCUAAACGCAACAAACCUGAUUGAAAUGAAAGUUAAAUACUCACGUUUUCGCCACAACGCCAAACAGCUCAGUUUCACGUCGCCGACGGGACCACGACGGCAAGGUGGUGAGCAGGAGCAUGCGCAAUAUCCAACAAAUGAUGAUGUCACGUCCGGUUGAAGUUGCCGUCGCCCCAAAAACGUCUCUAUCUUAAGUUCCCUAAUUUCUCUUGGGACGGCUGUAAUACCCAGGAGAAAUAAAAAACAAAGGUUACGCAAAAUGUUGAGGGGAGGGGGGGGGGGGCAGUCAGUAAUCAGUAAUCAUGUUACCAUGGAGACUACACGGUCAACCAAUACAGCGAAACCACUCUUAUCUUUCGUAUACCUCUUUGCUUGCUCAAUAGACACAUUUAAUAGUUUAGCGAUGUUUAUCCAACGAUCGCGUUAACAUGGACAAUUCGACAUCGCAAAUAACAUCGUUUUUGUCAACAUAGUGUUAGGACCGCGGCAAACAUGACCAAUAUAUUUUGUGUAUUGGCUCCUGAUCACAUUUCUGAGACUAACGAGUUUGUUUUUCAUAAUAAAGAUUCCUUAUCUAAAUGUUCUUGAAAGUUAACAAGAGUUUAUUUUUUUAUUUGUAGAUUCGAAAGGCAACCCGCGUAGUAUGACCAACUCAAAAGGAAAGAAACGCCAAGUAAACGGCAAGGAACUCAACGCAGCAUUGAAAACAAGUGAUGCGUUAUUUGUGGACUUCCUUCAUCGUUGUCUUGAGUGAGUACCGUCUUUUGAUUUAAAUCUGUUGUGAGGGGGCUAAACUCCCCCCUACCCCAGAGAGGGGUACUCUGUCAUUUUUAGGGAAGUGGUUUGCCCUGGGAUUCAUAACAUUAUCAUCAUCAUCAUUAUCGUCAUCGUCAUCAUCAUCAUCGUCAUCAUCAUAUGAUUAUUAUUAAUUUUGUCAUUAAUCGUUAUUUUUCAUUUCUUUUAGCUGGGAUCCGUCGACUCGUUUAACGCCUGAUGAAGCGUUUCAGCACGAGUGGAUUCAAGAGGUACACAAAAAAGGGCGUAUAUUUAAGUCUGUCAAUCCAGUAGUUUCGUUUGCGACGAUGUAUCAUCAAUCUAAUUGCUGCGAGUCCCCAGGCCAGCGGCACACUACUCUUUGGGUGUCCUGUGGCUCCGUGGGGAGGGGGGGUCCUAUCCCUACGUAGGUGAUUUUUGUGUCAGGAUGAUUUUUAGCAGAAAUGGCCAGCACUCAAUUUAUAAUACACCCAUUGCAUCAUUCUAAUUACGCUAAGUUUCGCAGUUGCUUAUUUUUUUCGUAUAACAGUAAACUGGCCAAUAAAGACCCAAAUCACAAAGAACUCGUGAUUUUAGGAAUCCCUUGUAGUCCGUUAUCUCACAGUUAUUACAUUGAACCAAUAAAAGGGUCUGUAAUUAGGGAAACUUUUGCCAGUUCAUCGUUUUUCAGAUAAUGUUUUACUGCUCAGCAUCUGCUCUCAACAUUACACUCAAUCUAGUUUUAAAACUGUGUAUUUCAGGGUCGGCAGAGACAUCGCGGUAUGUCCCGCUUGACAUCUCGACACCAGGCCCAUUCCGACACGCAUAACUCCUCAGAGACGACUACUAAAGCAAGUACCGCGGAAUCCAGUAAACCGUAUAUUGAAGGCGGCUGGACCAAACGAAGCGCUCGAACGCGGGAAAGACUGCAACCAAUCGGAGCGGACGCGACGCAUACUGUCCCUCACGACAACAACAACGACAACAUUGUAAAGCAACAAGCGACUGGAAUAGAAUCAAAGAGCUCUGUGCCACCGCUGACCAAAAGAAUUUCGUCCGGGGUGGUAAAGGAGAAGCCGGGGACCGCGAAUAAAGCAAAAGAAAUUGAAGAAGAGAGAACUGAAGACAUUACUGUCACUGAGGGUGGACAAUUUUUACCGCCGAUUAAGUAA